AAGGCUUCGAGCCUUCGGCUUUCCUUCUUCUUAGUUCUUCCACAGUUAUUAUUAUUUUUUCAUUCAUUUCCUCUUUGGUGGUGGGGACUGGGGAGAGAACUAUCGUCGCGUCAUCUCUCCUCGCUUCUGAAUCUUUCAAAAUUCAAACCCCGAUCUGGAUCUGCUUCUGUCUCUGCCGAUUUCUAGGGUUUCAGUCUACAAUCUCCUGUGAAUCUGAAUCCUCUGGCGCUUGCCCUCGUGCUUCUUCGGGGUUAAUUCUUUUUUUUUCUGGUUUCGAUCUCUGUGUUGCUUCUGUGGUUCUGAUCGGUGAAGCCAUGGAGGCGAUAGAGGAGUUGGUUCAGCUGUCCGAGUCGAUGCUGCAGGCGUCUGCUUUGCUUGCCGAUGAAGAUGUCGACGAAAACACAUCAUCGAGGAGAACCUCUACUUUCCUCAACGUCGUCGCCCUUGGCAAUGUCGGUGCUGGUAAAUCUGCAGUUUUAAACAGUUUAAUUGGACAUCCUGUUCUGCCAACGGGUGAGAAUGGUGCAACCCGGGCUCCCAUCAGUAUUGAUCUGCAGAGGGAUAAUUCCUUGAGCACCAAAGCUAUCAUCUUACAAAUUGAUAAUAAAUCUCAGCAAGUUUCUGCAAGUGCUCUUCGGCAUUCUCUACAAGAUAGGCUGAGCAAGGGUUCUUCUGGCAAGAGCCGUGAUGAAAUAUACUUAAAACUGCGUACUAGCACAGCUCCGCCGUUGAAAUUGAUUGACUUGCCUGGAUUGGAUCAACGGAUUAUGGAUGAUUCAAUGGUCAGUGAGUAUGUGGAACACAAUGAUGCGAUUGUGCUAGUUGUUGUCCCAGCUGCACAGGUUCCUGAAAUUUCCUCAUCUCGUGCACUCAGACUGGCUAAAGAAUUUGAUUCAGAAAGUACUAGAACCAUUGGUGUUAUCAGUAAAAUAGAUCAAGCGGCUACAGACCAGAAAAUCCUCGCUGCUGUUCAAGCUCUGCUGCUAAACCAGGGUCCCCGUAAUACAUCUGAUAUUCCGUGGGUUGCUUUAAUUGGCCAGUCUGUCUCCAUAGCUUCUGCACAGUCUGGAUCUGUUGCCUCUGAGAACUCUUUAGAAACUGCUUGGCGAGCUGAAAGUGAGAGUCUCAAAUCUAUUCUUACUGGAGCCCCUCAAAAUAAACUUGGCAGAGUUGCUUUAGUGGACACCCUUUCCCGCCAGAUUCGUAAGCGUAUGAAAAUCAGACUACCGAAUCUGCUCUCUGGGCUUCAGGGUAGGUCUCAAGUGGUGGAGGAUGAGUUAUCUAGGCUUGGUGAGUCAAUGGCUAAUAGUGCUGAAGGAACAAGAGCUAUUGCUUUAGAGCUUUGCCGUGAAUUUGAGGAUAAAUUUCUCCAGCAUAUUGCUCACGGUGAGGGUGCUGGCUGGAAAGUUGUUGCAAGUUUUGAGGGAAACUUCCCUAACCGGAUCAAGCAGCUGCCCUUGGACAAACAUUUCGACCUCAACAACGUGAAAAGGAUUGUGCUAGAAGCUGAUGGGUAUCAACCAUAUCUUAUAUCUCCAGAAAAAGGUUUACGGUCUUUAAUAAAGGGUGUCCUAGAGUUGGCAAAGGAACCAUCACGUCUCUGUGUUGAUGAGGUCCACCGAGUUCUAGUAGAUAUAGUUUCUGCUGCAGCGAAUGCUACACCAGGUCUUGGAAGAUAUCCCCCUUUUAAGCGAGAGGUUGUGGCAAUUGCAAGUACUGCGUUGGAUGGGUUUAAGAAUGAGGCCAAGAAAAUGGUAGUUGCAUUAGUUGAUAUGGAGCGUGCUUUUGUUCCUCCUCAACACUUCAUCCGUCUGGUGCAGAGGAGGAUGGAAAGACAGCGACGUGAGGAUGAAGUGAAGAACCGAUCAUCAAAGAAAGGGCAAGAGGCUGAGCAAGCCAUACUAAACAGGGCAACUAGUCCUCAAACAGGAGUUCAACAAUCUGGAGGAAGCUUGAAAUCAAUGAAAGAAAAGCCUGAAAAAUCCGAAAAAUCUGAAAAAUCGGAGAAGGAUGGACAAGAGACAUCAGCUCUGAAGACUGCCGGGCCUGGUGGAGAGAUAACAGCAGGAUUUUUAUUGAAGAAAAGUGCAAAAACUAAUGGCUGGAGCAGACGAUGGUUUGUUUUGAAUGAGAAAAGUGGCAAGCUUGGAUACACAAAAAAGCAAGAGGAAAGACAUUUUCGUGGCGUUAUCACAUUGGAGGAAUGUAAUAUAGAAGAGGUUUCAGAUGAAGAAGAAUCUUCAUCAAAAAGCUCCAAGGAUAAAAAGUCAAAUGGGCCAGAUAAAACACCUAGCCUUGUGUUCAAGAUAACCAGCAAGGUUCCAUACAAGACUGUUAUGAAAGCUCACAGUGCUGUCUUAUUAAAGGCUGAGAGCCUAGCAGAUAAGACCGAGUGGAUGAACAAGAUAGGAAAUGUCAUCCAGCCCUCCAGGGGUCUGGGGAAGGGGGAAUCUGGUCUACCCAUUCGACAAAGUCUUUCUGAUGGUUCUCUUGACACGAUGGUCAGAAGACCGGCUGAUCCAGAGGAAGAGCUACGGUGGAUGUCUCAGGAAGUACGUGGUUAUGUAGAAGCAGUUCUGAAUAGUCUGGCUGCUAAUGUUCCUAAAGCAGUAGUUCUUUGCCAAGUGGAGAAAGCAAAAGAAGACAUGCUUAAUCAAUUAUACAGCUCUGUCAGUGCCCAAAGCACUGCAAGGAUUGAAGAACUGCUCCUGGAGGACCAGAAUGUGAAGCGUAGGAGGGAGCGCGCUCAGAAACAGUCCGCUCUUCUUUCAAAACUUACCCGUCAACUUAGUGUCCAUGACAAUCGAGCAGCUGCUGCUUCCAGCUGGUCCAAUGGUGGUGGAGCAGGUUCAGAGAGCAGCCCUAAAGCCGGUGGUUCGGCAAGUGAGGACUGGAGAUCGGCAUUUGAUGCUGCAGCAAAUGGAUCAGUUGACCGCUCCGGUUCAUAUGGUGAUUCUAGAUUUGGAUCCAAUGGUCACAGCCGGCAGUAUAGUGACCCAGCCCAGAAUGGUGAUGCAAGCUCAGGCUCAAACUCUAGCAGCCGUCGUACUCCAAAUCGGUUGCCACCUGCACCACCUUCAGGAUACAAAUACUAGACAGCCACUGUUUUGAUCGGCAGUUGAGAUGCCAUGCAUUCUUGGUGGGUAGCCGUCCACACCUACUCAUCCCCAUCAGCGAUUUGAGCAAUAGUUUGGAGCUGAUCUGUUGAAGCUGCAUUAGAGGAAGGAAAGCGUGGUGUUUGUAUAUAAGGAUUGCUGUUCCAAGAAUAUUUUUCUCAGUUUAUAGACAAUUGGAUUUCAAGGUAUUUCUUGAAAUCUGCUUAUUCUAUUCCUCCCUUCAACGUCCACUUAACCUAUCUUUUUCCCUGUGGAAUUUUCUAUUUUUUUUCCCUUGGGGAGUUACGGUUUUGGAUACUGUAAUGUAUUUGUUUGUACUGAUCCUUAUUGCAGAGUAUAUCUUUUUUUCCU